UUGACUCACGUGUCAGUAUUUUUGUUUAUUAUUCGUAAUUAGAAAACAAACAGGUAUACGUAGUAAAUAUUACAGAAGAUGGAUUGUAAUCGACGCCGACAAGAAAAUGAACUUAAAGCGAUUUCCAACAUCUAUGAUGCAAAUGAAUUUUCUUACAUUAAGGAAGAUGCAGUGCAGUGUUACUAUAAUAUCUUUCCUAAUGUUAGCGAUGGUACACUGACAUUUAAAAAUGCUCCUCAGGAAGACAACAAAUUAAAAUCUUCUUCUAACAAUUUUAUUAAUUAUCUACCGCCUGUUAGAGUGUACCUGAAUUUUUGUAACAAUUAUCCUACCAAAAAUCCACCAAAUUUUUAUAUUAUCGCUUCAUGGCUUUCUCCUUGGCAAAUAUCAUUUAUUUGUCAAAAGUUAGACGAGAUAUGGUCGAACAAUGAAGGGCAAGAAAUAUUAUUUUUGUGGUUUGAAUUUUUAAAACAUGAUCUUCUUAAUUUCCUUCGCAUCAAAGAUACAUUAGAUGUUUCAUUUUUAUGUACGGUAUAUAACAAUUUGUCAGAUUAUUUUCGGUUAAAUUUAACAUUUACGUACGAUGCCAGAGCUGUACACAGUACAUUAUUUUCUAAUCCAAUACAAUAUUUAAUAGAUUAUAAUAAAGAAAAAUGUAUAAUUGAAUUUGAAAAAAAUUAUCACACGUGUAUUAUCUGUUUUGAAGAAUACAAGGGGAAAAAUUGUACAAAGCUUCAAAACUGUAGCCAUGUUUAUUGUAAAAAUUGUAUCCAAAAAUAUGUUGCCGUCACAAUUAAUGGGAAUAUUAUAACUGAUAUAAAAUGCCCCGCUCUAUGUUGUACUUUUUCCAUAACAAUGGAUGAAAUCAAAGAUCUGUGUCCAAAUUUGUUUUCAAAGUACGAAAGCUCAUUGUUGCAAAUAACAUUACGUAGUAUGAACGAUAUAAUAUUUUGUCCUCAAAUUUCAUGCCAAUGUCCUCUUAUUACAUACAAUGAUACAUUAGCCAUUUGUAGUAACUGUGAUCAUGCUUUUUGCCGUUACUGUUACAAGGUAUAUCAUGGAAUUGAACCAUGUGCUAUGACAUCCGACUACACGAAGAAACUAAUCGAAGAUUAUAAAAAUGCCAAUAAAUAUCAGAAACAAUUACUAAUAAAGAAACAUGGAAUACAAUCCAUACAAAGAGUUGUAGAAAAUUACUUAACAAAGGAAUAUUUACAGAAAAAUGUUAAACCUUGUCCAAAUUGUCAAACUAUGAUUGUAAAAAUUGACGGAUGUAAUAAAAUGACAUGUAUUCACUGCAAAGCUCACUUUUGUUGGCUGUGCGGAACACAUAUUACUACGCUAGAUGCGUAUCAACACUUUUGGAGGGGAGAAAAUUCAUGCUACAGGCGCCUAUUUGAAACAAGCAUAGCAGACGAUUCCCAACAAUAA